AUGUACAAACUCGUCGUGCGAACCUGCAAAUUCUACACGUUCAUCAACGCAUUCAUCUGCAGCGUCGGUCUGUUUACUUACGCCUCGUUGUCGUCGCUGCCAAACGUCAUCGAGUCACCUGCGCUAUGGGUGCAGUUGCUUAUGGUAUACAGCGUGAGUUUGCUGCGUAUCGUGGCGAUGGUCAAGUGGUUCGAGUGGAUAGCGACCAAGAAGCCUCAGAUUCAAGGCAAGAAGCGGGUGCAGCUCACGAACGAGCAGACCAGAUCCAUCUACUUCUGCAUCUUGCGGGUCGUGGUGCCCACCGAGUGCGCGUCGUUCUGGUUUGCAAAGCAGACUACUCGAUCUAUACAAGGCAGUCUGGACUGGCAGACGUUUCUGGUUGAGUUCAUCGUGUUUGUCCCCAAAUCGCUGCUCUUUGAGAUCAUCUUUGACUUCUUCCACUUUGUGGUUCACUGGACGUGCCACCGCGUUCCGUGGCUGUACAAGAACGUCCACAAGCGGCACCACGUGCAUCUUCACCCGUGCCCGCUGUCGACGUAUGCGCAAGACGGCAUGGAUUUGGCCCUCACCAAUUUAAUACCGUUCUGUCUUGCGUGGAGUCUUGGCUUUCCGCUCUCCGAUCUUCAAUUGCACCUGCUGUUUGCGUACAAGACGUACGUGGAAGUCGCAGGUCACUCGGGUUUGGACAUCAAGGGCGUGUCGUUCCCUCAAAUGCCACUGCUGCAUGACAUUACCGGCAUGUGUUUGCGAGUGCAUGAUCACGACCUCCACCAUACGCACCAGCGGUUCAAUUUCGCCAAGAGAUUUUCGCUUUGGGACAAGGUGUUUCACACGUUCCGUGAGGCCGAUACAAUAUGA